AUGGCAUUGGCGCGCAUCAGGGUGGGCCUGUGGCAGCAGAUCGUCGCAUGCAUCCGCAUCGUGUGGGAGAUCAUCGUUCAGCGGCGAAUGAUCAAGCGACGAGGGAUCGCGGAGUGGGCGUGCGACCCGAGCAUUCGCGGCAAGACCGUCAUCGUCACGGGUCCCACCAGCGGCAUUGGCCUCGAGAUCGCUAAGCAGCUGGUCCUAGCGGGCGGGCACGUCGUGCUGGCGUGCCGGCGGCCGGAAGCCGCCAGCAAGCUGAUCGCGGCGUGGGAGGGCGAGGCGGGCAGCGUGAGCGCGGAGGUGCGCCAGGUGGACCUCGAGUCGCUCGCGUCGGUGCGCGCGUUCGCGCGCGCGUGGGAGGCGGAGGCGCGUCCGCUGCACGUGCUGGUGAACAACGCGGGGAUCUUCUCCAUGGGAGUUGACCCCUCAUGGCACUCCCCUCAUGACAUUCCCCUCAUGGCAUUCCCCUCAUGGCAUUCCCCUCAUGGCAUUCCCCUCAUGGCAUUCCCCUCAUGGCAUUCCCCUCAUGGCAGUCCUCUCAUGGCAGUCCCCUCAUGGCACCCUCUUUCACCCCGCACGCACAUGCACAGCCUCACUCUCCUCUCUCCUUGUCUUCCCUCCCGCCCCCUCAGAUGCAUGCAUGGGGCGAUCUAG